GCGGCCGGAGGCGCCAUCCAUCGAAAGGCCCGAUGUCACUUUAGCUUUCGAAUGUGGUCCAACAAAGCCAAAGCCGACGCCAGCGCGGGCCUCCUGCCUGGCCGCACGGUCAUCGGGCCGCUCCUCCUCAUGGCCACGACGCCGAUCGCAGCCAUCAUCUUCGUCCACGUCUUCUGCACGGAAGGCGGUGCGAUCAUGCCCCUCGUCGACCGUAUGAAGGCCGACGGCUUCUGGUCGACCUUGAUGGAGAUCUGGCCGACCCCAUUCGACCCGGUCGCGUGGCAGAUCAUCCUAACCUUCAUGGCCGUCCAGCUCGCGUUCAUCAAGCUCAUCCCGGGCAAGACGGUCUACGGCCCGGUCACGCCGGCGGGCAACACGCCCGAGUACACGUCCAACGGCUUUGCGUGCUACAUCAUUUCGCUCGCACUCUACUUCGCUGGCGCCUACUACGGUGUCUUUGAAGGCGGCAUUGCGUACACGCACAUGACGCACAUCAUCUCGGCGCUCAACGUCUUCUCGCUCCUCUUCUGCGGCCUCCUCUACGUCAAGGGCAUCAACUUCCCGUCGUCGGCCGACAGCGGCUCCAACGGCAACAUCGUCUUCGACUACUGGGCCGGCACGGAGCUCUACCCGCGCAUCUUUGGCUGGGACGUCAAGCUCUUCACCAACUGCCGUGCCGGCAUGAUGUUCUGGGGCAUUGGCAUCGUCUCGUACGCGUGGAAGCAGUACGAGAUCCUCGGCUACGUCAGCGACUCGAUGCUUGUCAGCGUCGGCCUCCAGCUCGUGUACGUAGCCAAGUUUUUCUGGUGGGAGGACGGCUACAUGCGCUCGAUCGACAUCAUGCACGACCGUGCGGGCUAUUACCUCUGCUGGGGCUGCCUCGUGUGGGUGCCGUCGGUGUACACGUCGCAGACGAUGUACUUGGUGCAGAACCCGGUUCACCUCGGCACGCCGCUCGCGGUCGGCCUCUUUGUCACGGGCUGCUUCAUGGUCUACAUCAACUACUGGGCUGACCAGCAGCGCAUGGAGUUCCGCAGCACGAACGGCAAGUGCCUCGUCUGGGGCAAGAAGCCCGAAUACAUCACUGCGUCGUACACGACCGAGAAGGGCGAGAAGAAGGAGAGCUUGCUCCUCGCGUGCGGCUGGUGGGGCGUCUCGCGCCACUUCCACUACAUCCCCGAGAUCCUCGGCGCCUUGUGCUGGAGCCUGCCCGCGUGGGACAGCUCGCUCGUCCCGUACUUUUACUUGACGUUCCUCACGAUCCUCCUCUGCGACCGCGCCUUCCGUGACGACGCCCGCUGCCGCGCCAAGUACGGCAAGGACUGGGACAAGUACUGCGAGCGUGUGCCCAAGCUCAUCAUUCCGGGUGUGCUCUAAGCCGUCCGACCCAAGUGCUAGCAGCGAUAGCUGGAUGUUGAUAAUGCAGUUAGCUCUCGCUUGUCAUGAUCGCAUCAAAACAGCCUCGCUGUACACGAGGGGCG